AUGAUCCGAAGAAGUCUCCGUCUUUCCAACAAGAGGAGAAGCAUCGUUGUUCCAUUGGAUCUGCAGAUCGAGAUUCUUAGCCGUUUGCCUUCAAAAUCCGUAGUUAGGUUUAUGCUCGUAUCUAAAUCAUGGCGAGAAAUCAUUCUCAGCAAGAGUUUCGUCAGAUUACAAUCUUUGAAACAGCCUUUGCGUUUCCUACUCUGUUUUCGCGAGAAAGAUGACCAAACUGGACGCCUAAGUUGCAGCUUGUUCUCUUCUUCUUCGCUGUCGUCGUCAUCAACAUCGAUAUCAACCACUUUUCUAUCCAAAAUAACUUUUCCUCUCCGUCGAGCCUCGAACCCUAGUUAUUACGUCAACGGUCUGAUCAACAUGGGUGAGAUCAUAUGUAACCCUUGCACCGGAAAGACCAUAUCUUUACCCACGCUUUCCAACGCAACAGCUGCUAGUAGACGAAGGCUAGCCUAUCGCUUUUUCGGAUAUGAUCCUGUCAAUAAUCAGUACAAAGUAUUGUGCAUCACCGAGUAUCUUGACCCACACCCAAAACCGAAUCACUACCAGGUAUUCACAUUGGGAGCUAAUCCUAAAACAUGGAGAUUUAUAGAUUGUGACAUUCUUCACACAACUUGGUCUGAUGGUCUAUGUAUAGAUGGGUUUGUGUACUACAUUGCGAAGACGGACACAAGAAUGAUGUGUCUGAUGAGAUUCGAUUUGAACUCUGAGAAGUUUGAUAUCUUUGCUAGAUUUUCUGAGGAAAUGAAAUCUUUGUAUAUUCAUCACGACGGUUCUAGAAAGUUGAUAAACUACCAUGGAAAAGUAGCCAUAGCCAUUCAGCCUUCUCACUCACUCAGUGCCUUCAAUUGA